AACUGCUUUUGCCUGAAUCAGGGACCAGGAAAAAUAAUCAAGUACCAAGCUCAGUAGUCAAAGAGGCGACGGUUUCAGCCGAGAUGUUCCGUAAUCAGUAUGACAACGAUGUCACAGUAUGGAGCCCACAGGGCCGUAUUCACCAGAUCGAGUAUGCCAUGGAGGCGGUGAAGCAAGGAUCCGCAACUGUUGGACUCAAGUCCACGACCCAUGCAGUCCUGGUUGCACUCAAGAGAGCCCAGUCUGAACUGGCUGCCCACCAGAAAAAGAUUCUCCAUGUUGAUAAUCAUGUUGGAAUCUCCAUUGCUGGACUGACAGCUGAUGCCAGACUGCUUUGUAACUUCAUGCGCCAAGAAUGCUUGGACUCAAGAUUUGUCUUCGACAGGCCACUCCCCACAUCACGUCUCGUCACUCUUAUAGGCAGCAAAACCCAAAUCCCAACACAAAGGUAUGGAAGGAGGCCCUACGGCGUGGGACUUCUCAUUGCUGGCUACGAUGACAUGGGACCACACAUUUUCCAGACCUGCCCCUCAGCCAAUUAUUUUGACUGCAAAGCCAUGUCUAUCGGAGCACGUUCCCAGUCUGCACGCACCUAUCUGGAGAGAUGCAUGGACAAGUUUAUGGACUGUAAUCUUAAUGAACUGGUUCAGCAUGGUCUCCGUGCUCUCAGAGAAACUUUGCCCGCGGAGCAGGACCUAACCACCAAGAAUGUCUCCGUUGGCAUUGUGGGUAAAGACAUGGAGUUCACCAUCUAUGACGAUGACGAUGUUGCUACCUUCUUAGAAGGGCUGGAGGAGAGGCCACAGAGAAAGGUUGCCCAACCUGCAGAUGAACCUGUUCCUGCUGCAGGUGCACCUGAUGAGCCAAUGGAGCACUAAAGACUGCCGUUGUCACUUGAGUCAUCCAGAAAUGAACGUCCUAUAAUGACAGCAGAGGGGUCGCAUUCAACCUGACCCUUUUUGAAAAUGCCACAGAGAAGUUUUUGGAGUAAAAAAUGCUGAUGUAACGUGCCACUUCCUCAAAUGUUUCUGCUUCUCUCUAGUAACAUACAUCAUGUGAUGUUGCUUUUUCUAUGGGUAGAAUGUACAUUCUACAAGUAAUAAACUUUUU